GCGCUGCUGCUGCGCAGACCUUUGGUUCCCAGCAGAGGAAGUGCGGCGGCUAACGUUCCGCGCUGACAGAGUUUUCUAAGAAAUAAAGGAGGAAAAUCGUUUGAGAAGAAGAUCCUUCAAUGGCUGCUGGUUAUUAAUGUUUGCUUAAACCCGGCAGCGAAAUAAGGAGGAUUUCCAGGAUCUUUCCAGGCGGUGAGGCGCUCCCAGGGCGGCAUGAUGGAGGGGGCGGCCCCUACUCUGAUCGACAGCAGCACCAGUGAGAGGGUUGUGGAGCUUCUGAAUCAGGCGGCGCUGAUGUCAUCAGAUGAGAAGCUGAACGUUCUCAAACAGGUUCAGGAGCUGAUCAUCAACAAAGACCCGUCUCUGCUCGACAACUUUCUGGACGAGAUCAUCGCCUUCCAGACGGACCGCUCCAUCGAAGUGAGGAAGUUUGUGAUCGGAUUCAUAGAGGAGGCGUGUAAGCGGGACAACGAACUCCUCCUCAGGCUCAUCGCCAACCUCAACAUGCUGCUGAGGGACGACAGCGUCAACGUGGUGAAGAAGGCCGUCCUCUCCCUCACCCAGCUCUACAGGGUGACCCUGCAGUGGUUGGUCCGCUCUAAAACGGUGUCGGAGAUGCAGGAGGCGUGCUGGGAUCUGGUCACACAGAUGAGCGGGGAGGUUCUGACCAUGCUGGACUCGGAGAACGAUGGCAUUCGGACGCACGCCAUCAAGUUCACAGAAUCUCUGAUCAUUACGCUGUCGCCACGGACACCAGAGUCCGACGUCCCUAAGAGGCAGGAAGGAGACAUCAGCCUGGACAAAGUCCCCAGAGACCACUCCUACAUUCGCUAUGACACGCUGUGUGAGGAGGGGAAGAGCGCCCUGGAGAAGCUGCUGAAGUUCAUGGUCCAUCCUGCCAUUUCCAGCAUCAACCUGACCACGGCGCUGGGCUCUCUGGCCACCAUCGCCCGGCAGAGACCCAUGUUCAUGUCUGAGGUGGUGCAGGCCUACGAGACGCUGCAUGCCAACCUCCCUCCGACUCUGGCCAAGUCUCAGGUGAGCAGCGUUCGGAAGAACCUGAAGCUGCACCUGGUGGCGGUCCUGAAGCACCCCUGCAGCCUGGAGUUCCAGGUCCAGAUCAGCACCCUGCUGCUGGAUCUGGGAAUGCCGCAGAGCGAAAUAACCCGCUACACACCGGCACCGCGGGAGCAGCGCAAAAGGCCUCGCUACGAGCAGUCCACUGAGGGAAAGAAGGUCAAGAUGGAACCAGCUCUCAUUGAGGACGACGAAGACAAAGAGGAACCGGCCCCACUCGCGGCCCCGAAGCCAGCCGCGGUUCCAGCUCCACAUUCAGCCAUCGACCUCACGGCAGAGUUCUUACGCCCGCUGCUAACGCCCGACAACGUAGCCAACCUGGUGCUCAUCAGCAUGGUGUACCUGCCAGACGUCAUGCCAGCCUCCUUCCAGGCCACCUACACGCCUGUGGAGUCGGCCGGCACUGACGCCCAGAUCAAACAUCUGGCCAGACUGAUGGCGACGCAGAUGACGGCGGCAGGCAUCGGCCCAGGUCAGCAUUUCUGCUCCUACCUCCCGCAGUUCCGGGUGUUCUGGCAUAUUCUCGGGUAUUCUUAGAUGAUUUCAGGUGUUCUGGGAUGUCCUCGGGCGUUCUGGGAUGUCGUCGGAACCUCGCUCACCCUCCUGGUUCUCCCCCAGAACCUCCCUCACCCUCGUGGUUCUCCUCCAGAACCUCGCUCACCCUCCUGGUUCUCCUGCAGGAGCACCGGUACCGUCGGGAGGAAGAAGGUGUUCCGACUCGCCGACGUGGUCCAGCCUUUGUCGGACUCCCAGAUCGGGCUUCUGUCGUCCAAAGCGGUGAAGCGGAUCCUCCAGUCGGAGAAGGCCAUCACGCAGAGCGGGAUGUCCCACGUCCGAGUGAAGCUCCUCUCCAGGCUGGUGACCCAGUUCGAGGGCGUGAUGAAGGAGGACGUCCUGGAGUACGUUCUGGAGGACAUCCGGACCAGGAGCGAGCUGGCCUUCUCCCUGCUCUACCAGGAGUACAACACCUACCUGAGCCAGCUGCCCGCCGGCCUGCUGGACAGCUACGACCACUGCCUCUACACGCUGCUGUCGGGUCUGCAGGAGAAGCCCGAGCAGAGGGACGGACUCUUCACUAAGCUGGUCCUGGAGGCGCCCAUCAUCACCGAGUCGGCGCUGGACGUGAUUCGGCGGUACUGCGAGGACGAGUCGCGGGUCUAUCUGGGCAUGACGACGCUGAAGGAGCUCAUCGUGAAGAGGCCGUCCAGACAGUUCCAGUACCUCCAUGUUCUUCUGGACCUGAGCUCACAUGAGAAGGAGAAGGUCCGCAGCACCGCCCUGUCCUUCCUGAAGCGGAUGUAUGAGAAGGACCACCUGAGGGACUACAUUGAGAAGUUUGCCCUGAACUACCUGCAGCUCCUCGUUCACCCAAACCCGCCGUCUCUGCUGUUUGGAGCCGACAAAGACACAGAGGUGGCGGCUCCGUGGACGGAGGACACGGUGAGACAGUGUCUCUUCCUCUACCUGUCCCUGCUCCCUCUGAACCACCGGCUGGUCCACGAGCUGGCGUCCGUCUACACCGAGGCCAUCGCAGACAUCAAGCGCAGCGUCCUCCGCGCCAUCGAGCAGCCCAUCCGAGGAAUGGGCAUGAACUCUCCUGAGCUGCUGCUCCUGGUGGAGAACUGCCCCAAAGGAGCCGAGACUCUGGUGACCCGCUGUCUGCACAUUCUGACCGACAAAGUGCCUCCGUCUCCGGAGCUGGUGGAGCGGGUCAGAGACCUCUACCAUAAACGGGUUCCUGAUGUGCGUUUCCUGAUCCCGGUCAUCAACGGGCUGGAGAAGAGUGAAGUGAUCCAGGCUCUGCCUAAACUCAUCAAGCUGAACCCCAUCGUGGUGAAGGAGGUCUUCAACAGACUGCUGGGAACUCAGCACAGUGAGGGAAGCUCCUCGGUUUCUCCUCUGACUCCAGGAGACCUGCUCAUUGCUCUGCACAACAUCGACUCCACCAAGUGUGACAUGAAGUCCAUCAUCAAAGCCACCAACCUGUGCUUUGCUGAGAAGAACGUCUACACCUCAGAGGUUCUGGCCGUGGUGAUGCAGCAGCUGAUGGAGCACAGUCCGCUCCCCAUGCUGCUCAUGCGCACCGUCAUCCAGUCCCUCACCAUGUACCCCCGCCUGGGCGGCUUCGUCAUGAACAUCCUGUCCCGCCUCAUCGUCAAGCAGGUGUGGAAGUAUCCCAAGGUGUGGGAGGGCUUCGUGAAGUGCUGCCAGAGGACCAAGCCUCAGUCCUACAGCGUGUUGCUUCAGCUGCCGCCGCCGCAGCUGAGCGCCGUCUUCGAGCGUUGCCCCGAGAUGAGGACGCCGCUCCUGCAGCACGUCCUGUCCUUCACGCCGCAUCAGCAAGCUCACAUCCCGACCUCCAUCAUGGCGGUUCUGGAAGCCCAUAAGAAACCAGAACCCAAGGCGGCGGAGGCCGUCCUGGAGCAGGAGGUGAGUUGGUUCUGUCCGACCCGCUCUGAUAAGCAGCCGGAGGUUUCUGCUCUUCGCUCAUUUCUUCUAAUGUUCCAGUCGGAACCGGCUCCAAAUCCAGAAACUCCUGUCAUGGAGCCCGGCGAGCCGGAUCCUCGCCAUCAGCAGGAAGCGGUUCUUCUAAAGGAGGAAGAGGAACCCAUGGAGCAGGAAGAGGCGGAGCCAACGAGCCUGGAUGGAACUCUGGACUCUGUUUCCCAGGACGAUCUGACCAAGGAUGCGGAGGAACCCACACCGGCUCCAGAACCAGCUGAGGAACCCAUGGAGGAGCCUCAGCCAGAACCGUUGGAUCAGCCGGAGUCUCCCAGAGAUCCAGAACCCAUCGAGGCUGCGCCUGAAGCUGGAAGUGGGUCGGAGGAAGUGGACUAAACGGGAAACAAACGAAGGGAAAAGCAGCUGGUGAAGAAAACCGACUCAUCAGAACUUCAGUGAUCCGUCUGAUCACAGGUCCAACAUGAGCGGUUCUGAUAGCUUGGACUCAGAAUCCAUCAUCAACCGGCGGCUCUGAUGCCGGAGCAGCAGAACCAUCUAAGCCAGGGUUCUCCAACCGGGUCCAUUUGGACCUUCUGAUGGAUUAUCAGCGUUUAAACUUAAGCAGAAAAAUGUUCUUUUUAUUCUUUGUUUGAAAACACAAAUAAAAUGUUGGUUCGUUAAAGAU